AGAGAGACCACCACUCUCUAGGAAAUUGUACCAAACUCAUCUCCCUCUUUUUCAAAAAUUUUAAUCACUCUCAAAUUUAAUAUUUCAAAUUAAUUAUUUUAACCCCUUUACCCCCCUGUAAAAUACCAUUUUUUUUUCAACAGAAUAAAGUAAUAAAGGAAAUUUCUUUAUUCCUAAAUAACAUAAAAUAAUAUCUUUCAACCUUUUUUUUUAAUUAUUUUUUUCCUUUUUCUUUUUUGGUAAUGUUUGCAGUACUUUUAGAAGGAAAAUAUUUUCUUCCAUAAAAAAAAAAAAUCAACCUACUUUUUUUUUUUCUCCUCUGCUCUAUAAAAACUCCAUCAACAUCUUGUGUGUCGCCCUCAUCACAUCAACUCUUACAGUUGACAAACACACAGAAUUUUCACAUCUUACAACAAAAAAAACAUAUGAGUGCUCUCUAAGAGAGUAUCUCUCUUCUCUUCGAUCUUUUCUUAUAUUAGUUAUUAUCAAUCAAAUCAAAUCAAAUCAAAUCAUCUUUUCUUUCUCUAUAUCAAAAUUAUUUAUAGAGAAAACCAACCAUAUUACAAAAAUAAUCAUGUGUAAUCCAACAAGUAACCCCAAUCUUAUACCCUCUAUUCCCAUUCCUGAAAAACCACCUCAUGAUCUUCUAUCAUCAAAUAUAUACUUGGAUCUUUUAUCCUUUACCAAUAAUCUUGAGGAGGAUAAAGAUACAAGUAUACCCAUCAACAAUAAUAACAAUGUUGUUGUUAUUAAAGACUACGAUGACGAUGAUGAUGAUAAUGAUAAUGAUAAUGAUAAUGAUAAUAAUAGUAGUUUGACAUAUUUAUCCGUUCCCGUACUCCAUUCGUUGUGGUACGGGAGCGUAUCCGACGUAGUCAAGGAAUCUCGUUCACUUUUUUCGUUGGCAUUUCCAAUCCUUCUUACCAAUCUAAUAUUGUACUCGAGGUCUAUGUUAUCGAUGGUUUUUUUAGGGCGAAUCGGCGACGCGGAGUUAGCCGCCGGUUCGCUAGCCAUUGCGUUUGCGAAUAUAACUGGUUAUUCAGUUUAUUCAGGUCUAGCAUUAGGAAUGGAACCAUUGUGUUCACAAGCAUUUGGUGCUUGUAGACCAAAACUACUUUCACUAACACUUCAAAGAUGUGUUAUUUUCUUGUUGUUUUGUUCAUUACCCAUUUCAUUUUUUUGGUUGAAUAUGUCCACUUUUAUGGGAUACCUUCACCAAGACGAAAAUAUUGGUAAAUUAGCUCAUGUUUAUAUCACUUUUUGUCUACCUGACCUUUUCACUAAUUCUUUACUCCAUCCAAUCAAGAUUUAUCUUCGUGCACAAGGUAUUACUCGUCCUGUCACCUUAGCUUCACUUGUUGGUGCUAUUAUUCACGUCCCAAUAAUGUUUUUUCUUGUUGUUCAUUUAAACCUCGGGAUUGCCGGGGUAGCUAUAGCUACCUCGGCGUCUAAUUUAAUAUCACUAGGGGUGUUAAUGAUGCAAGUCUGGCUUAGCGGGCUUCAUAUUCCUACAUGGAGCCCGCUAAGUCGUGAGUGUCUUACUGGCUGGUGGCCGCUAGUUCGUCUAGCGGCCCCCAGCUGUCUAUCAGUGUGUUUGGAGUGGUGGUGGUACGAGAUCAUGAUUGUUCUUUGUGGGCUAUUAGUUGAUCCUAAGGCCUCAGUUGCUUCCAUGGGAGUUCUGAUUCAAACAACCGGGUUGAUCUACAAUUUUCCGGCGUCUCUUAGCAACGCCGUUUCGACUAGAGUUGGAAAUGAGCUCGGGGCGGGCCGGCCCGAACGGGCUAAGCUUUUGGGUGUGCUUGGGAUUGCUUGGGCUGCUAUAAUGGGCCUUGGAGCAAUGGUGUUUGCUUUUGGGGCAAGGAAUGUAUGGGCCCAAAUGUUUACGGGUGACCCGGAAAUUUUGGCCCUAACGGCGGCGGCGUUGCCGAUUUUGGGCUUUUGCGAGCUCGGAAACUGCCCGCAAACGGUGGCUUGUGGGGUGGUACGGGGCACAGCCCGGCCUACAACUGCUGCAAAUGUAAACUUGGGGGCCUUUUAUGUGGUGGGGACACCUGUGGCUGUUGGACUUGCUUUUUAUUUUGGAGUUGGGUUUUGUGGGAUUUGGAUUGGGCUUUUGUCGGCCCAAAUAUGCUGUGCUGGGCUGUUGUUUUAUGUGGUUGGGACCACAGAUUGGAAUUGUCAAGCAAACCGGGCCCAGUUGCUGACUCAAUGUGGUGGGCCUGGGCCUGGGCCCGGGCUUUCAUCAGAAACAAGAGUGACCGUUGAUACACCUUUGCUCUAUGAUGAUAAGAAAAACAAUCAACUUGAUGAUGAAAAAGAGCCAUUAAUUUGCAUCUUGGUGACUUCAUCCUAAAAACUUUUUUAAUAGGUGAUGGAAAAAAAACAACCAAAAAAUGAUGUAAUUUUAUUUCUUUUCAUUUUAUUAUUUUUAUUAAUAUAGAAAUUUUUUAUUUCUAUCCCUUUUUUUGUGGGUCCCAACCCUUCUUAGAUUGGUUAAGUAUGAAUUAGGUUAUUGAUUUUCCAUUUUUCUCAAAUGGUUGGGAAAUAUGGGCUUUUAGAGUUAAGUGUAAAAAAGGAUAUUGGAUAUGUUGAUCUUCCAAUUUCCUCUUUUUUUCAUUUUUUUUCUCCUUAUCUCCAUGUUAGUUAUUAAUUUCUUUGGUAAGGAUUGUAAUUAAGAUGUUGAAUAUAUUGCAUUAUUGACUAAUAGCAUGAGUAAUUUUGAUUUGCACUUA